GAUCAUGAGGGACUAGUUCACCCAGUUGAUUCCAAUGGAAGCACACAGGAUGGCGCUUGGAUGGGUGAUACCGUGGCUCAGCCUCUACUUUGGACAGUUUUCUGCAUCCAGUGUCCCAGGUCACACGGUGACUACAGUGCCAGUAUUUGCAGAAGUGAGAGCAUCCCACGACGACCAGUUCUGCAGCACAUGGGGAAAUUACCAUUUCAGGACUUUCGACGGAAAAUUCUUCCAGUUUCGCUCCAAUUGCAACUAUCUCCUUGCAUCCAACUGUAAAGGCAGCUUUGAGGACUUUAACAUACAGCUGCAAAGACAAGAAAUGGGCUGGGCUGCUCCGAUAAAGCGGGUUACUAUGAGACUGGAGGGAGUGGCGGUGGAAAUGUCCAACUCCUCCAUCACGGUCAAUGACAAGAUUGUGACGUUGCCUUUCAGCCAGGCAGGCAUCUCCAUCGCAAGAACAUUCUCUUAUGUUAAGUUUGAAGCAACAAGUGGUGUGGUUGUCAUGUGGAAUGAAGAGGACACACUCUGGGUUGAGUUGGAUGCUAAGUACAAGAAUAAGACUUGUGGUUUGUGCGGUGACUUCAAUGGAGACCACGUUGAUGGAGGAAUUGAGGAAUUUGGGGAGACCUGGAAAACUAACGGUCCAACUGAAAAAUGUGACGAAACCUUGUCCCCUUCCCCACAAACCUGCUCCAUCAAUCAGAAAGCCGUCUGUGAGAGUGUAGUGUCUGGAGCAUCUUUCCUCAGCUGUCGAAACCGAAUCAACAGUGACGCCUUUGUGGAAGCUUGUGUGAAGGACUUGUGCUCCUGUAAAAGCAACUCCACGUCCUGCUUGUGUUCAACCAUGGCAGAGUACUCGCGCCAAUGCGCCCAUGCGGGUGGGGUGCCACAGGAAUGGAAUGCACAUUUAUGCACUAAAAAAACAUGCCCAUUUAACAUGGAGUACAAAGAAUGUGGGAGCCCCUGCACGGACACCUGCAGCGACCCACAGAGGAGCCAAGUGUGUGAGGAACACUGCACAGAUGGAUGCUUCUGUCCACCUGGGACCCUCUUGGAUGACAUUGGUGGUAGCGGGUGUUUGCCCGUGGACCAGUGCUCCUGCAUGCACAACGGCAAGCCUUACCAACCCGGUGAAUCCUACACCAGGACCUGUCAGACAUGCACGUGUACGCAGGGUGAGUGGAGGUGUCACGACACUGACUGUCCUGGUGUCUGCUCUGUAACGGGUGGCUCACACAUCUCCACCUAUGAUGACAAAACAUACACUUUCCAUGGGGACUGCUCUUACGUUCUUACAAAGCAGAUGAAUGGGACUUUCGUUGUCCUGGGUGACCUCGUCAAAUGUGAAAAAUCAGAUAAAUCAACUUGCCUGACUGCAGUCACUCUACUGCUGCCAAAAUCCACGAUGAUUGCUGUUGACUCUAGCGGUCAGGUUUUAGUCAACAAACUCAGCUCUCAUCUGCCUUUCUUCACGGAUGACGUAACCAUCUUCAGCCCAUCCACAUUUUACGUUGUGAUCCACACUGUUUACGGGCUUCACCUUGAGAUUCAGGUGACGCCUGUCAUGCAGGUUUAUAUCAAAGCCAGUCUUCCCCAUAAAGGCAAACUCCAAGGUCUUUGUGGAGAUUUUAACGAUGUCGAAUGCAAUGACUUCAGAACCAGAAGCGGGAUGAUUGAGGGCACGGCUGCCGCAUUUGCUAACUCGUGGAAGACUAAGGGUGGCUGUCCAGACGUCCACAAUUCACUUGAUGACCCCUGCCUUUUAAGUGUAGACAAGGAAAAAUAUGCUCACCACUGGUGUUCCAUACUGAUCGACACCACAGGGGUGUUUUCCAAGUGCCAUUCUGAGAUAAACCCAGAGGAAUAUCUAGCUUCUUGUAUAUAUGACACGUGUGCUGGGGAAAACAGUUUGGAUUCUAUAUGCGCUACCAUGUCCUCCUACGUUCACGCGUGUGCUGCCGCUGGUGUCUCCUUGACAGGUUGGCGGAAGGUCGUAUGUGGGAAAUACACAUCAGUCUGCCCCGCAACUUUAGUGUUUGACUACCACAUGACAAGCUGCGGUCGCUCCUGUCGCUCCCUGAGUCAGCCAGAUUUAACCUGUGAUGUCGAUUUGACCCCCGUGGACGGCUGCGGCUGCGCUGAGGGCACUUACCUCAAUGAGAGGGGCGAGUGUGUGCCAGCCUCCCGGUGCUCCUGCCACGUGGGGGACAUGGUGCUGCGGCCAAAGCAGAUUAUCAGUGUCCAUGGACAGAUUUGCGUCUGCCGUGGUGGGAAACUCAACUGUACUGGAAACCAUAUGACUGAAUUCUGCAGCGCUCCAAUGACUUUCUUCAACUGCUCAAGUGCAAAGCCUGGUGACACAGGGUCAGAGUGCCAAAAGACCUGUCAGACUCUUGACACAGAAUGUGUUAGCACACAUUGCGUCUCAGGCUGCGUGUGUCCUGCUGGCUUGUUGGCCGACGGCAAAGGAGGUUGUAUUGAGGAGACGCGUUGUCCCUGCACAUAUAACGGACAAACCUACAAGCCCGGAGAGACCGUUAAAGUGGACUGUAACAUCUGCACUUGUAAAAGCCUGCAAUGGGAAUGCACCAAUCAGCAGUGUGACGGAACCUGUACAAUAUAUGGAGAAGGCCAUUACAUCACCUAUGACGACAAGAAAUUCUCCUUUAAUGGGGACUGUGGUUACGUCUUUACUCAGGAUUACUGUGGGGACAAAAAGAGUGGCAGCUUCAGAGUCCUGACUGAAAGCAUCCCAUGUGGACCAAGUGAAAACAUCUGCUCCACUGCAAUCAAACUCUACUUAGGGAAUAGUGAAAUUGUCCUAAAAGAGGGAACUGUAAUCAAACAAAACACAGGGUUAGACAUACCUUAUAAAGUCCAUACUAUUGGAUUAUAUCUUGUCAUUGAGGCAAACAAUGGUCUUGUUCUCAUCUGGAACAAGAAGACAACACUCAUAAUCAAACUGAGCUCCACAUUUAAGGGAAAAGUUUGUGGUUUGUGUGGAAAUUACGACGGAAACAUCAAGAAUGACUUCACAACCCGCAACAAAGAGUUGGUGGUGGAUGCCUUUGAGUUCGGAAACAGCUGGAAAGUGUCACAGACCUGUGCAAACACAAAUGCGCUAAAAAAUCCUUGCAUGCUGUACUCGCACAGGCAGGCAUGGGCACUGAAACGCUGCAGCAUCAUCAACAGUGAAGUAUUUGAUACCUGCCAUUUAAAGGUGGAUCCUCAGCACUAUUAUAAUGCCUGUGUCAGAGACACAUGUGCUUGCAGUACUGGAGGAGAUUGCGAGUGCUUUUGCUCGGCUGUCGCGGCCUAUGCAGCCGCCUGUAAUAAGGCUGGCGCUUGCAUAAAAUGGAGAACGCCCACUGUCUGUCCUCUGUUCUGUGAUUACUACAAUCCUGAGGGUGAGUGUGAAUGGCACUACGAACCUUGUGGAAAACCAUGCAUGAAGACCUGCAGGAAUCCCUCUGGAAAGUGCUAUACUCAUAUUCCAGCUUUAGAAGGGUGCUAUCCACGGUGUCCAUCCGAUCAACCAUAUUUGGAAGAGGUAACAAUGAAGUGUGUGUCAGUGGAGCAAUGUGGCUGCUAUGAUGAUGAAGGGAAGCAUUAUGCAGAAGGAGAGACAAUGCCCCAGAAAGAAAACUGUCAGAAAUGUAAAUGUUCUUCAUCAGAGAGGCAGUGUACCUACAGUGUCGAAGAUUGCACUUGUUCAUAUAACGGGCAAAUAUACAACUAUGGAGAUAUAGUAUAUGACACUCAUGAUGGAGACGGAACCUGUAUUACUGCUAUUUGUGGAGAACAUGGAAAUAUUACAAGAGAAAUAACGGUCUGCAGUUCCUCAACCACACAGAACCCAAGGACAACAACAGAAUUUGUGUUUGUGACAACAGAAAGACCAACCUCUCCAAAGGCACAAACUACAGCAACGGAAAAACCCAAUACAACAACUCUCCAACCAACAAAAGAACCCACCACAAUUACAACAACUACACAAAAGCCAUCCACACCAACAACUAAUCCAACAACAGUUACAACUGAAAAAGCCCAAACCACUACAGCCACAGAAAAAACGCCAUCAACACCAUCUGAUUGUUUUGUUUGUCACUGGUCCCCUUGGAUCAACAACCAUUACCCGGACCAUAUUCCCAGUGGUGGAGAUUAUGAAUCUAUAGCAAACAUAAAAGAUCCAAGUCUGAAUGACUGCAAACGACCACUUGAAAUAGAGUGCAGAGCAAACGCAUUUCCUGAUGUACCUUUGGAUCAGCUAGGUCAGAAAGUAAUAUGCAACCCAAAAGAUGGACUGAUCUGUCAUAACAAAGACCAAGGCAUACCACCAAUUUGUUAUGACUAUGAGAUAAGAGUCAAAUGUUGCAUCAACCAUUGUGUCACUCCAACCAAAGCCACAACUACAAGUGCCGCAACCAAUGCAAUUACAACAGAAAAUGCCAUCACGACUGCUGCCACAACCACAGAAAAGCCCACGACAACAGCCAAAACAAUCAUUCCAACCACACAACAACCCACCACAUUUACAGAAGAACCCACCACCAUGACAACAACCACACACAAGCCAACCAUACCAACAACCACUACAACAAAGGCAACCACAUUUACUACUGAACAGGCUCAAACCACCACAGAAAAACAAACAACAGUUACAGACGUACCGACAACAACAACAACCACAGUUACAGAAAACCCCACCACCACAGUUACACAAAAGGCCAGUACUACUAUUGCUGUAACAACAGUCAAGCCCACCACUGUGGCUCCUACGACUAUCACAUCCACAGAACUACCCACCACAACUACUGAAAGACCAACCACAGUUACAGAAUCUCCAAGCACAACAACGGAGAUCAAAAUCACAACAAUCGCAGUUACGGAAAAUCCCAGCACAGCAUUAACGGAAAGGAUCAGCACAAUUGUUACAACAACAGAAGAACCCACAACUACUGCAGAAAACCCUACAACUACAGUAAGACCAUCAACUGCAACCACCGUAGUGCAAAAACCUACAACCACAGCUUCAGAAACCAUUGGUAUUACCACCACUACAGCUAAAGUCACAGAAAAUGUAACUGGAGCAACGACAAGACAACCUAGCUCUACUGCCAAAACCACGGGAAAAAUGACAACACAAGCUACAGAAAAGCCUACCACCAUAACAACAGAAAAUAUACCCAUAACAAAGCCACCAAGAACAACAACAGAAGGUCCCACAACAACUGUGGUCACUUCAACUGAAAAACCUAUCACCACAACAACCCCUGAAAUUGCUACAAAUACACUUUCAACCGCACCGUCGACAGGAUCCUUGGUUACAUUCACUACAGAAGCCCAAACUACAACAACAGUCAAACCUGACACAACAACCAUCCAACCCACAACAUUUACAGAAGAACCCACCACUAUCACAACAACUACACAAAGGCCAUCCACACCAACAACUACUCCAACAACAGUUACAACUGAAAAUGCCCAAACCACUACAACCACAGAAAAAACGCCAUCAACACCAUCUGAUUGUUUUGUUUGUCACUGGUCCCCUUGGAUCAACAACCAUUACCCGGACCCUAUUCCCAGUGGUGGAGAUUAUGAAUCUAUAGCAAACAUAAAUGAUCCAAGUCUGAAUGACUGCAAACGACCACUUGAAAUAGGGUGCAGAGCAAACGCAUUUCCUGAUGUACCUUUGGAUCAGCUAGGUCAGAAAGUAAUAUGCAACCCAAAAGAUGGACUGAUCUGUCAUAACAAAGACCAAGGCAUACCUCCAAUUUGCUAUGACUAUGAGAUUAGAGUCAAAUGUUGCAUCAACCAUUGUGUCACUCCAACCAAAGCCACAACUACAAGUGCCGCAACCAAUGAAAUUACAACAGAAAAUGCCAUCACGACUGCUGCCACAACCACAGAAAAGCCCACGACUACAGCCAAAACAAUCAUUCCAACCACACAACAACCCACCACAUUUACAGAAGAACCCACCACCAUGACAACAACCACACAAAAGCCAUCCAUACCAACAACUACUACAACAAAGGCAACCACAUUUACUACUGAACAGGCUCAAACCACCACAACCACAGAAAAACAAACAACAGUUACAGAAGUACCAACAACAACAACUACAGUUACAGAAAACCCCACCACCACAGUUACACAAAAGGCUAGUACUACUAUUGCUGUAACAACAGUCAAGCCCACCACUAAGGCUCCUACGACUAUCACAUCCACAGAACUACCCACCACAACUACUGAAAGACCAACCACAGUUACAGAAUCUCCAAGCACAACAACGGAGAUCAAAAUCACAACAAUCGCAGUUACGAAAAAUCCCAGCACAGCAUUAACGGAAAAGAUCAGCACAAUUGUUACAACAACAGAAGAACCCACAACUACUGCAGAAAACCCUACAACUACAGUAAGACCAUCAACUGCAACCACUCUAGUACAAAAACCUACAACCACAGCCUCAGAAACCAUUGGUAUUACCACCACUACAGCUAGAGUCACAGAAAAUGUAACUGGAGCAACGACAAGACAACCUAGCUCUACUGCCAAAACCACGGAAAAAAUGACAACACAAGCUACAGAAAAGCCUACCACCAUAACAACAGAAAAUAUACCCAUAACAAAGCCACCAAGAACCACAACAGAAGGUCCCACAACAACUGUGGUCACUUCAACUGAAAAACCUAUCACCACAACAACCCCUGAAAUUGCUACAAAUACACUUUCAACCGCACCGUCGACAGGAUCCUUGGUUACAUUCACUACAGAAGCCCAAACUACAACAACAGUCAAACCUGACACAACAACCAUCCAACCGACAACAUUUACAGAAGAACCCACCACUAUCACAACAACUACACAAAGGCCAUCCACACCAACAACUACUCCAACAACAGUUACAACUGAAAAGGCCCAAACCACUACAACCACAGAAAAAACGCCAUCAACACCAUCUGAUUGUUUUGUUUGUCACUGGUCCCCUUGGAUCAACAACCAUUACCCGGACCCUAUUCCCAGUGGUGGAGAUUAUGAAUCUAUAGCAAACAUAAAUGAUCCAAGUCUGAAUGACUGCAAACGACCACUUGAAAUAGAGUGCAGAGCAAACGCAUUUCCUGAUGUACCUUUGGAUCAGCUAGGUCAGAAAGUAAUAUGCAACCCAAAAGAUGGACUGAUCUGUCAUAACAAAGACCAAGGCAUACCUCCAAUUUGCUAUGACUAUGAGAUUAGAGUCAAAUGUUGCAUCAACCAUUGUGUCACUCCAACCACAGCCACAACUACAAGUGCCGCAACCAAUGCAAUUACAACAGAAAAUGCCAUCACGACUGCUGCCACAACCACAGAAAAACCCACGACUACAGCCAAAACAACCAUUCCAACCACACAAGAACCCACCACAUUUACAGAAGAACCCACCACCAUGACAACAACCACACAAAAGCCAUCCAUACCAACAACUACUACAACAAAGGCAACCACAUUUACUACUGAACAGGCUCAAACCACCACAACCACAGAAAAACAAACAACAGUUACAGAAGUACCAACAACAACAACUACAGUUACAGAAAACCCCACCACCACAGUUACACAAAAGGCCAGUACUACUAUUGCUGUAACAACAGUAAAGCCCACCACUAUGGCUGCUACGACUAUCACAUCCACAGAACCACCCACCACAACUACUGAAAGACCAACCACAGUUACAGAAUCUCCAAGCACAACAACGGAGAUCAAAAUCACAACAAUCGCAGUUACGAAAAAUCCCAGCACAGCAUUAACGGAAAAGAUCAGCACAAUUGUUACAACAACAGAAGAACCCACAACUACUGCAGAAAAUCCUACAACUACAGUAAGACCAUCAACUGCAACCACCGUAGUACAAAAACCUACAACCACAGCUUCAGAAACCAUUGGUAUUACCACCACUACAGCUAAAGUCACAGAAAAUGUAACUGGAGCAACGACAAGACAACCUAGCUCUACUGCCAAAACCACGGAAAAAAUGACAACACAAGCUACAGAAAAGCCUACCACCAUAACAACAGAAAAUAUACCCAUAACAAAGCCACCAAGAACAACAACAGAAGGUCCCACAACAACUGUGGUCACUUCAACUGAAAAACCUAUCACCACAACAACCCCUGAAAUUGCUACAAAUACACUUUCAACCGCACCAUCGACAGGAUCCUUGGUUACAUUCACUACAGAAGCCCAAACUACAACAACAGUCAAACCUGACACAACAACCAUCCAACCCACAACAUUUACAGAAGAACCCACCAGCAUGACAACAACCACACAAAAGCCAUCCAUACCAACAACUACUACAACAAAGGCAACCACAUUUACUGCUGAACAGGCUCAAACCACCACAACCACAGAAAAACAAACUACAGUUACAGAAGUCACAACAACAACUACAGUUACAGAAAACCCCACCACAGCAGUUACACAAAAGGCCAGUACUACUAUUGCUGUAACAACGGUAAAGCCCACCACUGUGGCUCCUACGACUAUCACAUCCACAGAACUACCCACCACAACUACGGAAAGACCAACCACAGUUACAGAAUCUCCAAGCACAACAACGGAGAUCAUUAUCACAACAAUCGCAGUUACGGAAAAUCCCAGCACAGCAUUAACGGAAAAGAUCAGCACAAUUGUUACAACAACAGAAGAACCCACAGCUACUGCAGAAAACCCUACAACAACUACAGUAAGACCAUCAACUGCAACCACCGUAGUACAAAAACCUACAACCACAGCUUCAGAAACCACUGGUAUUACUACUACUACAGCUAAAGUCACAGAAAACAUAACUGGAACAACUACUAAACAACCUAGCUCUACUGCUAAAACCACCGAAAAAAUGACAACACAAGCUACAGAAAAUCCUACCACUAUAACAACAAAAAAUAUACCCACAACAAAGCCACCAAGAGCAACAACAGAAGGUCCCACAACAAAUGUGGUCACAUCAACUGGAAAACCAAUCACCACAAUAACCCCUGAAAUUGCUACAAAUACACUUUCAACCGCACCGUCGACAGGAUCCUUGGUUACAUUCACUACAGAAGCCCAAACUACAACAACAGUCAAACCUGACACAACAACCAUCCAACCGACAACAUUUACAGAAGAACCCACCACUAUCACAACAACUACACAAAGGCCAUCCACACCAACAACUACUCCAACAACAGUUACAACUGAAAAGGCCCAAACCACUACAACCACAGAAAAAACGCCAUCAACACCAUCUGAUUGUUUUGUUUGUCACUGGUCCCCUUGGAUCAACAACCAUUACCCGGACCCUAUUCCCAGUGGUGGAGAUUAUGAAUCUAUAGCAAACAUAAAUGAUCCAAGUCUGAAUGACUGCAAACAACCACUUGAAAUAGAGUGCAGAGCAAACGCAUUUCCUGAUGUACCUUUGGAUCAGCUAGGUCAGAAAGUAAUAUGCAACCCAAAAGAUGGACUGAUCUGUCAUAACAAAGACCAAGGCAUACCUCCAAUUUGCUAUGACUAUGAGAUUAGAGUCAAAUGUUGCAUCAACCAUUGUGUCACUCCAACCAAAGCCACAACUACAAGUGCCGCAACCAAUGCAAUUACAACAGAAAAUGCCAUCACGACUGCUGCCACAACCACAGAAAAACCCACGACUACAGCCAAAACAACCAUUCCAACCACACAAGAACCCACCACAUUUACAGAAGAACCCACCACCAUGACAACAACCACACAAAAGCCAUCCAUACCAACAACUACUACAACAAAGGCAACCACAUUUACUACUGAACAGGCUCAAACCACCACAACCACAGAAAAACAAACAACAGUUACAGAAGUACCAACAACAACAACUACAGUUACAGAAAACCCCACCACCACAGUUACACAAAAGGCCAGUACUACUAUUGCUGUAACAACAGUAAAGCCCACCACUAUGGCUGCUACGACUAUCACAUCCACAGAACCACCCACCACAACUACUGAAAGACCAACCACAGUUACAGAAUCUCCAAGCACAACAACGGAGAUCAAAAUCACAACAAUCGCAGUUACGAAAAAUCCCAGCACAGCAUUAACGGAAAAGAUCAGCACAAUUGUUACAACAACAGAAGAACCCACAACUACUGCAGAAAAUCCUACAACUACAGUAAGACCAUCAACUGCAACCACCGUAGUACAAAAACCUACAACCACAGCUUCAGAAACCAUUGGUAUUACCACCACUACAGCUAAAGUCACAGAAAAUGUAACUGGAGCAACGACAAGACAACCUAGCUCUACUGCCAAAACCACGGAAAAAAUGACAACACAAGCUACAGAAAAGCCUACCACCAUAACAACAGAAAAUAUACCCAUAACAAAGCCACCAAGAACAACAACAGAAGGUCCCACAACAACUGUGGUCACUUCAACUGAAAAACCUAUCACCACAACAACCCCUGAAAUUGCUACAAAUACACUUUCAACCGCACCGUCGACAGGAUCCUUGGUUACAUUCACUACAGAAGCCCAAACUACAACAACAGUCAAACCUGACACAACAACCAUCCAACCCACAACAUUUACAGAAGAACCCACCAGCAUGACAACAACCACACAAAAGCCAUCCAUACCAACAACUACUACAACAAAGGCAACCACAUUUACUGCUGAACAGGCUCAAACCACCACAACCACAGAAAAACAAACUACAGUUACAGAAGUCACAACAACAACUACAGUUACAGAAAACCCCACCACAGCAGUUACACAAAAGGCCAGUACUACUAUUGCUGUAACAACGGUAAAGCCCACCACUGUGGCUCCUACGACUAUCACAUCCACAGAACUACCCACCACAACUACGGAAAGACCAACCACAGUUACAGAAUCUCCAAGCACAACAACGGAGAUCAUUAUCACAACAAUCGCAGUUACGGAAAAUCCCAGCACAGCAUUAACGGAAAAGAUCAGCACAAUUGUUACAACAACAGAAGAACCCACAGCUACUGCAGAAAACCCUACAACAACUACAGUAAGACCAUCAACUGCAACCACCGUAGUACAAAAACCUACAACCACAGCUUCAGAAACCACUGGUAUUACUACUACUACAGCUAAAGUCACAGAAAACAUAACUGGAACAACUACUAAACAACCUAGCUCUACUGCUAAAACCACCGAAAAAAUGACAACACAAGCUACAGAAAAUCCUACCACUAUAACAACAGAAAAUAUACCCACAACAAAGCCACCAGGAGCAACAACAGAAGGUCCCACAACAAAUGUGGUCACAUCAACUGGAAAACCAAUCACCACAAUAACCCCUGAAAUUGCUACAAAUACACUUUCAACCGCACCGUCGACAGGACCCUUGGUUACAUUCACUACAGAAGCCCAAACUACAACAACAGUCAAACCUGACACAACUACAGAAAGACCAACCACUGCAACCACCAUAGUACAAAAACCCACAACCACAGCCUCAGAAACUGUUGGCAUUACCACCAAUUCAGUCGAAGUCACAGAAAAAGUAACUGGAACAACUACAGAAAAAUCUAGCUCCACGGCCAAGACCACAGAAAAACUGACAACACAAGGUACAGAAAAGCCUACCACCAUAACAACAGAAAAUGUAGCCACGACAAAGUCGCCAAGAACAACCACAGAAGGUUCCACAACAACGGCAGUCACAUCAACCGAAAAACCAAUCACCACAACAACCCCUGAAAUUGUUACAUAUACAACUGUUCCAACCGCACCGUCAACAGGACCCUUGGUUACAUUUACAACAGUGGCCCAAAUUACAACCACAGAAAAAACCGCCACAGCCACAGAAGUACAAAUAACGACAACUAUAGUUACACAAAAACCCACCACCAUAGUUACACAAAAGGCCAGCACUACUGUUGCCGUAACCACAGAAAAACCCACAACUGGGGCUGGUACGACUGUCACUGUCACAGAACUACCCACCACAACUACAAAAAGACCAACCACAGUUACAGAAUCUCCAACCACAGCAACAGAGACCCAAACCACCACAAUAGCAGUUACAGAAAAACCCAGCACUGCCUCAACGGAAAAGAUGAGCACAAUUGCUACAACAACGGAAAAACCCACCACUACCACAGAAAACCCCAAAAUAACUACAGAAAGACCAACUACUGCAACCACCAUCAUACAAAAACCUACAACCACAGCUUCAGAAACUGCUGGUGUUGCCACCACUACAGCCAAAGUCACAGAAAAAGUAACUGGAAAAACCACACAACAACCUAGCUCCACCAGCAAAACCACAGAAACACUGACCGCUGAAGCUACAGAAAAGCCUACCACCACAGCAACAGAAAAUGUACCCACAACAAACCCACCAAGAACAACAACAAAAGGUCCCACAACUGUGGUCACAUCAACUGGAAAACCAAUCACCUCAACAACUCCUAAUAUAGCUACAAAUACAAUUGUUCCAACAACUCCAUCAAUAGGACCCUUGGUUACUACAACCACCAUCCCUACAAAGCCUACCACAGUGUCAACAGAAAAGCCUUCAACAACUUUGACAACAACACAGUCUUCAACAGCAGGCAGAACCACUGAAUGCUUCUGCAAAUACCUUGAUGAAAUUUUUGCUCCCGGUACUACCAUAUACAAUAAAACAGAUGGAGCAGGUUGGUGUUUCACUGCAUAUUGCAAUAAGACUUGCAAUGUUGAGAAGUUUGCAGGACCGUGUCAGCCAACCAGUCCACCAAGUCCUACCACCACGUUAACAACUGUCAUAACAACUAAAGUUGUCACAACAACAGCCAGUACCAUAAGCAUAUCCACUGAAGCACCCCCUAAAGACUGCACAUUCCUCAUCCCACCAAGAAAGCAUGGUGAAACUUGGAGUUCAAGCAACUGCACCACUGAAGUUUGUGAUGAUGGAAAAGUCCUAACAGAACAUAAGCCAUGUGAUCCAAUAACCAUGCCUGUGUGUGAAAAUGGCCAACCACCAGUGAGGGUUUAUGAUAAAGAGGGUUGCUGUUUCCAUUACGAAUGCACAUGUAUUUGCAGCGGCUGGGGAGAUCCACACUAUGUCACAUUUGAUGGUCAAUACUACAGCUUUCAAAAGAAUUGCACCUAUGUCCUGGUCAAAGAGAUUAUUCCUCGACACAAUAUUACCAUCCUUAUUGACAAUGAAAACUGUGAUGCCACUGGUGAAAUAACAUGUGCUAACAGCUUGAUUGUGUAUUACAAACACUACGAAGUCAUUCUCACACAGGAGAGGGGCGCAAGUACAGUCAACACGGUGUACGUCAAUGGCAAGAAAGUUGUCCCAACUUACUCCAACGAGGACUUCAUCAUCACAAGCACUGCAAUCGAGCUGCUCCUGAGAAUUCCAGCAAUUCAAGCUGUUGUGAUGUUCAAGGGCCUUUUAUUCAGCGUUGAUUUGCCGUUUUCCCUUUUCCACAACAACACAGAGGGACAGUGCGGUACAUGUGACAAUAAUAGAAAGAAUGACUGCAGAUUACCCAGUGGUCUGAUUCACCCCUCUUGCUCCGAUAUGGCUCAUGAGUGGCAUGUACCAGAUAAGAACAAACCAUACUGCGAUAAGCUGCCUCCUCCACCAACACCAAAUCCAACACCAACUCAACCCACUUGUAAACCUGAAAUUUGUGACCUCAUAAUCAGCAAUGUGUUUGAGGAAUGCCACAAAGUGAUCGCACCCAAGGACUAUUAUGAGGCCUGUAAAUUUGAUGUCUGCCACAUGCCAAAUUCCAGCAUGGCAUGCUCCAGUUUGGAGGCAUACGCCAUGAUGUGUGCUUUGGCGUCAGUCUGUGUCAACUGGAGGAACUCGACACAGGGGCAGUGCGAAUAUAAAUGUCCUGCAAAUAAGGUCUACAAACCAUGCGGGCCAAUUGUGGAACCAACUUGCAAUGCAAGAUACAAUAAUAAGUAUAUACAGCAAUGCCAGGGAGAAAGCCGUUACCAGAAAUCCGACUGUAAUGCAUUUGUGGAGGGAUGUUUCUGUCCACCUGGCACAAUCCUGUUCAGUUCAAACUCUGACUUCUGUGUCAUCGCUUGUUGUGCUGGACCUGAUGGUGAACCGAAAGAGAUUGGUGACACCUGGCUGAGUGGCUGCCAGCAGUGUGUCUGUGAUGCGGAUACGCUGAGUGUGCAGUGUGAGCCUCGCAUGUGUCCCACUCAAGCACCCAUAACCUGUAAGGAAGGCGAGGUGUUGAUGAACCAAACUGUUAACUGCUGCCAGACCCUGACGUGUGUUGCUCUUCCUUCCAACUGUAAAAUAAACACAAAUACCACCUACUUGCAUGUAAAGAAUUGCAAGUCAGUUGUGCCAGUGGAAAUGACAACGUGCGAGGGAUCCUGCGGAGCAUCAACAUCAAUCUACUCUGCGGAGAGCAACAGCCUGAUGCAUUCUUGCUCAUGCUGUCAAGAAACGGCCACCAGCAAGAAGGAAGUGGAGAUGAUUUGCACUGACGGCAGCAAGAUGAAGCAUUCCUACAUCUCUAUCGAAAAGUGUCGCUGUGAACUCACACAUUGUACUCAUUUAUAAAGGCUGUAUUAUAUGUGAGGAGGCCAAUCACUAUUCAUAUCAAAGCAUUAAUUCUGCUUCAAAAACAAUUAGAGAAUCAAGGCUCUAUACUGUAUCUGAUGACUACUCGAUAAGAGCUAAGCAAUACAGAAUGUUUAUUGUACUGCAAACUAUAAAUGUUAAACUGUGGAAAUGGCUCAGAACUAUUGGAGCCUAAUUAAACUAUAAGGAAUCUAUCUUAUUUGAGAAUAUUUGUAUCAUGUUUGAACAAUAGACCAAGAUACCUUCAUGUAGGUCCAGCAAAUAUUGGCGCCAUGAGGUCUCUUUUAGUUGUUAAGAGUAAAUUAUUCAAUUUGGUUCCUCUUAAAACACUUCCACAAGUUGUUUUUAGUGUUUCUGGAUUUAUCUACACUAAAUCUUUGGACCAAAUACAAAAAUUCAAUUAGAUACCCUACUGUACAUUGUGCAAUGUAUUUUGUUGAGCAUUGACAUGAGGAAUGUAGUUGUAGUAACACAUUAAGAGGCCUUGUUUUAAAAAAACAAUCUUUAUGCAGUUCCCAUUUUAAAAUUCCAUAAGUGCUGAAUAAAUUGAAAGAAUAAAGCAUCCCAUUGCUGUGUACAGUUCUUCUAUAUCAUACACUCUGGUUUAUUGCAGAACAAGACCACUGAUAUUGCUUGACUUGGCAUUCUUAAAAACUUUUAAUUCCAAUAAACAUUUUCCUAUUGCA